AGUAGCGAGCGGCCCCCAGCCGCCGCUGCGCCCCGGUGGGGAGGGAGAGGGAGGAGGGCGCUGGGCGGCCCGGUCUCAGCAGCCCCGUCUGCGCUCCCCCUGCCCAGCCCCGGCCAUGAAUAUGUAACUCCCCUCUAUUUCCCGAGCUCCAUUGCGGAGGCUGCCGCUCGCCAUAUUGUGCUGCUGGGGCUGCGGCUUCUUCGUCGCCGGCGAGAGAGCGCGACGGCAGUGAGCGGUGCGGUGAGGCGAGGCGGCCUGAGGCAGGAGCCCGGCGGGCGCCAUGUCUCAAGCCGUGCAGACGAACGGGACGCAACCUUUAAGCAAAACAUGGGAGCUCAGUUUGUACGAAUUGCAAAGAACGCCUCAGGAAGCAAUCACUGAUGGCUUGGAAAUAGUGGUGUCACCCAGGAGCCUGCACAGUGAACUGAUGUGUCCCAUCUGUUUGGAUAUGUUAAAAAACACCAUGACAACAAAAGAAUGUUUGCAUCGCUUCUGUGCUGACUGUAUCAUUACAGCCCUCAGGAGUGGCAACAAAGAAUGUCCCACGUGUCGUAAAAAGCUAGUUUCAAAAAGAUCACUGAGACCAGAUCCCAAUUUUGAUGCUCUCAUCAGUAAAAUUUAUCCAAGCCGAGAUGAAUACGAAGCUCAUCAGGAGAGAGUGCUAGCAAGAAUCAGCAAACACAAUAACCAGCAAGCUUUAAGUCACAGCAUUGAGGAAGGAUUAAAGAUUCAGGCUAUGAACAGGUUACAGAGGGGCAAGAAACAACAGAUUGAGAAUGGCAGCGGAGCAGAAGAUAAUGGGGACAGUUCGCACUGUAGCAAUGCCUCAACACACAGCAAUCAGGAAGCAGGGCCUAGUAAUAAGAGGACCAAAACAUCAGAUGAUUCUGGGCUAGAACUGGACAAUAACAACACAACUGUGGCAAUCGACCCAGUGAUGGAUGGUGCUAGUGAAAUCGAAUUAGUCUUCAGGCCUCAUCCGACCCUCAUGGAGAAUGAUGACAGCGCACAGACGAGAUACAUCAAGACCUCAGGCAAUGCCACGGUUGAUCACUUGUCCAAGUACCUCGCUGUGAGAUUGGCUUUGGAGGAGCUUCGUAGCAAAGGAGAGUCAAACCAGAUGAACCUUGACACGGCCAGUGAGAAGCAGUAUACCAUUUACAUUGCUACCGCCAACGGGCAGUUCACUGUAUUAAAUGGGUCAUUUUCCUUGGAACUGGUCAGUGAGAAGUACUGGAAAGUGAACAAACCCAUGGAACUGUACUAUGCGCCAACAAAGGAACAUAAAUAAGCUGUGCUGGAAAACUGAGAUGGGACUAACUCUUUUUAUAGCUACAACUUCUUUAAUAUUAAAAGAUGGCACCACCAUUAUCUUCAUGGACAAUACACAUGGUGCCUUCAGGCUCUCUCAGUAUACUUAUUAAUAUGAUUAGACAGUAUUCUGGGUUGUAUUUAAUUUAGUCUUUGUUUUGGGUUUUUUGGUUUUUCCCUAGGAGACUAAAUGACCUUCUCCAGUGCAUUCCAGUGUUUGACAUGCUUUUUUGUUCCUAAUGCAUGAUAACUGAACGAGUGUUCCAGUUUGGAAUGUCUUAAUUUUGUCCAGGUAAAUCUGGAUUUCUAAUAACAUUUGACACAGUUAUAGUAGCCUCUGUGAAGUAUUGAGCAUUGGAUGGCUAAGUCAGUCUAUUCAAUAGUAACAUAUGCCAAGGAAUGUGUUAAAUGUUGUAAUUUGCUAAUGGUUAUCCAUAUAAAAGAUUGGUAGAGAAUUGAUUUCUGAUAGUCUUGCAGCUAGAGGUCAUCCAAUUCCCUAGAAAAGAUUUAUCAGUCAUUUUCUUGUAACAAAUAGAGCUGUAGUGAGAAAACUGUCACUUUAAAACCCUCAGUCAAAAAACAACCCAAACCCAACAACCCAAAGCCAUAACAACUCUUCCCCGUGUAGAACAUGCCAAUCGUGAUGCACACUGCAGCUUCCCCUCUAGCCCCCGUUGCAGCAUUAUCCUGCCCUCACAAGCUGAAUAGAACAAAAUCUUCCAGAAGUUUUACAGCCCUGCUCUGUUCCCUAUAGUAACAGAUUCAGGUUUUUAUUGUGAAUGUAUCAGAACUUUCUGCAAAGAACUGUCUUGAAAACAUGGGAUUUUUUUGAAGCAAAUCCCUGAAAUUCCAGCACAUGGACAUAAUGCAACAUCCAAAUAGAAUUUAUGGAAUUCAUGCCGCCCCAACUGUGAGCUCAUCCGGGCUUCGGUUUGAGUAGGGAGGACUUCAACCAUAAGCUGCUCGAAGAUUAUUAUUCUUUUUCCUUUUUUUUUCUUUUUUUCUUUUCUUUGCCAUAGCUUUAACAAACGUGGCUUAGCACUUUGGAAGAUAAUUUUAGUACUUGACAAAGUUUACCAUUUAGUGUCUUAAAUUUAGGUUCAAGUUUGAAAACUUGGCAGUAGGCUGUUGCGUGAAGUCCAGUAGCUGCUGUUCAUUUGCAUGUUCGACCCCUCUCCCCUCACUCUGGACCUUGCUGUCACUUAAUGGCAUUCUGUCUUAAGGGGAGUGACGUUACUGUGAGGUUCCCUGUGCUGUAAGACUUGCUGAUGAAGCCUUCGCCCCUUUGCACCUGAAGCUAGAAGCAAAAAAUGUUGCUGAUAGGUGAGAAGUAAUAUACUUUAAACCAUACGGUACUGCUCCUUGUCCUGCCUGUAGUUAGACUGUUGUUGGCACGUGGUAUGUAAGUAUUCAGAUGCUCGGGUCUCUUGGGAAGGAAUUACCCUUCCAUCACUUGUGUCUCUCAAGCCUAGCACUUGUAAAUCUGUGUCCAUUCUGAUUGCUGUUUCAGAUCAGCUUUACCCCGAUGCAAAAACUGCACAGGCUUCUUCAAGUAACUUAAUUAUUUUUCUCUUACUGGAAAGACUUGGGGGUUUUUGUGACAUGAAACAGAAAUUUCCAGGCCCCAGAACGUGGGAGGCGGGGGAGGCAAUUUUUAAGGAAAUAUGUUCUUCAUGAGUUUCUGGUGAAAUGUCGCAUUGUAUAGACUAGUAGUGCAUGUCCACUAAAUAUAAUCUGGGGGGUGGGGGAGCGGCAGUUAUAAAUGCUUUCAAAUUUAUGGGGAAACUUCUAGAUUAGUUGCAGCAUACCUUCCCCUUGUGAUAGCUAAGGUAAUGUCCAGUCCCUUAAGCAAGAGAGGUGUUUGUGAAGCUGAGCAGUCUGUCUAGGAGCUGUCUGUCACUUUGUCCCCAGUUCUUUAAAAAGUGUGGGAGAACGUGAAGCUUUUAUUUUCAUGUUGUAGUGAAUUUACUGAAUAUUUAUGUUCUUUAAAUAUUAUAUAUAUAAUGUAGUUGUUUGAUUAAACCGUUGAUUGCACUGUGACUCUUUAGUGCUAUAAACUAUCUUAUUUUCAAAAUGACUUUUCCACCUUUUAAAGCCAUGUUAUUUUUUAAGUACGUAACGUGCAUUAGGUACGGGUAAGCCUCAUAGCUCUAGUAUCCAACUAAAAUCACACUGAACUUCUCCAACUGACAAUAAAAUCAAAAACGUUACCAACAA